GAGCAAAGGUCCUCCUGCCCCAGGAGCUUAACAGCCAAGAGUGGGCCUCUCCAGGUGAGAGUAGGGCCUGAGGCUUCCUCAUGUGACCCGCUUGGGGCUUUCCCCACCCAGCACUACCUCAGGUGCCGAGCAGCGACCGACCCCGGCUCCCGCUCUCCUUGCACCGCGACGGCCGGGCCCGCUGGGGCCCAGGGCAGGCGGGAGGGCACCAGGUCGGGCGGAACCAGAGACCUUUCUACCGGGCUGGGAAAAAGAUCCGAAAAUGAAUGAGACACCCCCAAGAGACAGUGCGAGAACCUCAGGCCUACUCAGCGCGGGGUACGCCGGGAGUUGUAGUCCCCUCACGGCGCGGAGCAUGCCGGGAGCCCUUGGCCUCGGGAAGCGGUGCUUCCGCAGUCCCGCCCAGCGCCCAGUCCCUUGCGCAUGUGCCUGGGCUGCGGCGGGGCUCUAUCCUGUCCGUAGGAGCUGGGCCAUGGCAGCAGCCGGCGCCCCGUCGGGCGGAGGGGCUGGGAGCUCUAAGGUGGCGCCCAGCGUGGAUUUCGACCAUAGCUGCUCCGACAGUGUGGAGUACCUGACCCUCAACUUCGGGCCUUUCGAGACAGUGCAUCGGUGGCGCCGCCUGCCGCCCUGUGAUGAGUUCGUAGGGGCCAGGCGCAGCAAACACACCGUGGUUGCCUAUCGGGAUGCCAUCUACGUGUUUGGUGGUGACAAUGGAAAAACAAUGCUGAAUGACCUAUUGAGAUUUGACGUAAAGGAUUGCUCUUGGUGCAGGGCUUUUACCACAGGGACCCCUCCAGCGCCCCGGUAUCACCAUUCAGCAGUAGUCUAUGGGAGCAGCAUGUUUGUGUUUGGUGGCUACACUGGAGAUAUAUAUUCCAAUUCCAAUUUGAAGAAUAAAAAUGAUCUCUUUGAGUAUAAGUUUGCAACUGGCCAGUGGACAGAGUGGAAGACUGAAGGAAGAUUACCAGUUGCAAGGUCAGCUCAUGGUGCAACAGUGUAUAGUGACAAACUGUGGAUCUUUGCAGGAUAUGAUGGAAAUGCACGGUUAAAUGAUAUGUGGACAAUUGGCCUACAGGACAAAGAGCUAACAUGCUGGGAAGAGAUUGAACAGAGUGGUGAGAUCCCUCCUUCCUGCUGUAAUUUUCCUGUGGCUGUUUGCAAAGACAAGAUGUUUGUGUUUUCUGGCCAGAGUGGAGCAAAGAUCACCAAUAAUCUCUUUCAGUUUGAAUUCAAGGAAAAAAUAUGGACACGAAUUCCUACUGAACACUUACUUCGGGGCUCCCCUCCUCCUCCACAGCGAAGAUAUGGUCACACCAUGGUUGCCUUUGAUCGCCACCUCUAUGUGUUUGGUGGUGCUGCAGAUAACACAUUGCCAAAUGAACUACACUGCUAUGAUGUGGACUCUCAGACCUGGGAAGUUAUCCAGCCUAAUCCGGAUAGUGAGGUGGCCCAUCCAGAAGUUGCUGAGAGGGUAGCUGCCCCAGAAGAAGCUCCUUCCUUCUCCUCAGAAGAACGUGGUUUAAAAAAAUCUCGAGAUGUAUUUGGUUUAGAUUUCGGCAUAACAACAGUUAAACAACAGCCCACAGCAGACUCUGAGCUGCCAAGUGGGAGACUCUUCCAUGCUGCAGCUGUCAUCUCAGAUGCCAUGUACAUCUUUGGUGGGACAGUGGACAAUAACAUUAGAAGUGGAGAAAUGUACAGAUUCCAGUUUUCUUGUUACCCAAAAUGCACUUUACAUGAAGAUUAUGGAAGACUGUGGGAAAACAGGCAGUUCAGCGACUUGGAGUUUGUUCUGGGAGAGAAGGAAGACCGAGUCCGGGGACAUGCAGCCAUUGUCACAGCUCGCUGUAAGUGGCUAAGGAAGAAAAUUAUACAGGCAAGGGAGAGAUUGAAACAGAAAUCUAAGCAAGAGAUUGAAGAAGAGGGACAAGCACUGUCCCAGAACGAGGGGAUUUGUGGCAAUGUCAAGCUGUGCUGCCUGCAACCCCUGCUGGAAGUGACAAUCCGAGAAGCUGAAGCUCAGCCCUUUGAGGUGCUCAUGCAGUUCCUGUACACGGAUAAAAUAAAAUACCCACGCAAAGGUCAUGUGCAGGAUGUACUACUUAUCAUGGACGUGUACAAACUAGCCCUGAAUUUCAAGCUCUCGCGACUGGAACAGCUCUGCCUCCAGUAUAUUGAAGCAUCUGUAGAUCUACAGAAUGUGCUCAUUGUGUGUGAAAAUGCUAACAAGCUUCAACUGGAUCAACUAAAGGAACACUGCCUGAACUUUGUGGUUAAAGAGUCACAUUUUAAUCAGGUAAUAAUGAUGAAAGAAUUUGAGCAUCUUUCCUCAUCCCUGAUAGUGGAGAUAGUACGAAGAAAACAGCAGCCUCCUGUUCGAACACAUUCUGAUCAGCCUCUGGAUAUUGGAACAUCUUUGAUUCAGGAUAUGAAGGCUUAUCUAGAAGGAGCUGGGAUCGAGUUUUGUGAUAUCAUCCUCCUGUUAGAUGGCCACCCAAGACCAGCACAUAAGGCAAUUCUGGCAGCCCGCUCCAGUUACUUUGAAGCCAUGUUCCGUUCCUUCAUGCCAGAAGAUGGACAAGUAAAUAUUUCUAUAGGUGAAAUGGUUCCCAGUAAACAAGCAUUUGAGUCUAUGCUGCGAUACAUUUACUAUGGUGAAGUGAACAUGCCUCCUGAAGAUUCCCUCUACCUCUUUGCUGCCCCUUAUUAUUAUGGUUUCUACAACAACAGACUUCAAGCAUACUGCAAGCAGAAUCUGGAAAUGAAUGUUACAGUGGAAAAUGUGCUCCAGAUUUUAGAGGCAGCUGACAAGACACAGGCUCUGGACAUGAAGAAGCACUGCCUACAUAUCAUUGUUCACCAAUUCACCAAGGGACAGGCUCAUCAAAUUAUCAUUGAAAGACUGAGUGCUAGGGAAGGAGAAUACCUGCAGCUUUCAAGAAAUCCAAAUGCUGUAAUGUUUAUGUUGUGUUUCGGAGGUUUUGGUCUCCAAGUUGCCAAACCUGCGAUCCCUCAGUCAGCCGCUCCUUCUUGACAUCAUAGAAUCAUUAGCCAAUCACAUAUCAGACAAGCAAUUUGCAGAGCUGGGUUCAGACAUAUAAAACACUUCCAGGCCUCUUUCAUUUGUUCCUCAAAGGGCUGCACUUUACAGCUGAAUCCCUCUAUACUGAGCUGCUCAGAAUGUCAACACAAUAAAGCAGAAGACCUGUGAAGAGCAUGAAAAUCUGAACUAUUGCACUCUUGUGGAUCUGCGUGGCUUACAUCUGUGUAUUUGGGGCAGAAGCUGGUCUCAGCCAUACCAACGUAAAAUUGAAAUUACUGGGGGCAAUGAGUUUAUUCCAGAUUUACCUUAGUGUAACUGAGUUCAGAAUCUGGCCUAUUGCUUUUCUUUUGUAAAAUAUAAACAGUAAUGGAUAAAAGGAUCAUUAAUAUUAUGAAACACAACAUUUAGUGAAACCUAUUUAAAGGGCUUUAUCGUAACAAGAUCCAGUGGCUGGAAGUUGAAGUCAGCAAUAAUUAAAUUGGAAAUAAAAUGCACAAUUUUAACAGUUAAUUGAUAAUUGGCCCAGAAUACAAAGGCUUUCUAUAGAUUCUCCAUCACUUGGAAUCUUUAAAUCUACAUUGGGUGUCUUUCUAAAAAGAUAAGCUUUUAUUCAACCACCUUAUUGGGCUGGAUACCGGAAGCGUGAAAUUCUCGGGCCAGUGUUUUGCAGGAGGCCAGACUAAGAUAAUCAUAAUGGCCCCUUCUGACUUUUAAAAUCUAUUAACCCUAUCCUGUCAAGCCUUUCUGAAAUAAUGUAUUAGUAAAUAGCUACGCUCUUCUGCCUGCGUGGCAGGAAUCACUUUGUUUUAGCUUGAGGGAAAUGAAGCAAAAGGAAGCACUUGAACAGGGUUGUCCAACCUGUGGCCUUUUAAGGUGACUAUGUUAGGAAAGUCCCCAUUUGAUUCAGAAUUGAUCCUGUGACCUUUUUUUUUUGCUUGUGUUAUACACGUGAGCACAGAGGGUCCUUCUAGCUUUAUAAUCUAUGAAAAGCACCUCCCACUGCUGCUCAUGCAACCUCAAAGCAGAUUUAUUGUGAGCAUCCGCUAUCCCACUCCUACUGUAGGCUGCCCUCUGUGGCCACCUGCUGCAUCAAAGGGGAAGAGAGAGUAGCUCUGGCUUCUUCAUUGCCUACACUGCUACUGGUCUUGGAGAGCCUAGGUGAACAGGGCAGGCAUUCAGAAGGCUUUGCUUAGGUGAGCAUCCAUAAAGGACUGCUUAUUUACCCCAGACAGCACCCAGGGCAGGCCAGGAAGGAAAGCUGAGACACAACAACAGGAAUUCCAUGAUCUAACUUGCGUCAACUGAUUAGGGUCCCCAAGAGACCAUACAACAGCUGCAGCACUGCAUACACCAGCCACUACCCCCUGCUUACACUCAACCUGCCCCUCUGCACCCUGACAUUACCCCUGUGCCAGGGGCACUGUGGGGAGGGAGUCCUAGGAGCUGAAUAUGCUGGCUCUGUGCCUGCUGGGGAUUACUAGUAACAAAGCAGAUAAUGUAGCAACUAAAACUAAUCUCCCUUCCCUGGGAUGUAGCAAAUGGCCAGCGGGGGGAGUGGCUAAGCAGCUGCACCCAGCAGGGGCUCAUGGAUCAUUUCUACUCCAUUGGUCACUGUCUGAGCAGUUCAAUGGGAGCAGAAGAGGCCAGAGACUCCGCCCCCAAGCAUUGAUUUGGUGCCCCUCAGCUUUUGGGGAUAAUAUAUUUGGCUCUCAUGCUGGAGAGUGUGGACAGACCUGCAGUAGAAAUACAGUGGCCAGGUAGCUGAUGUUUAUACACUAGCCACCUCAGCAUGGGGGGAUGGACUAGGUGAUCUCUUGAGGUCCUUUCCAGCCUAACAGUUCUAUGAUUCUUGGAUCUCUAAUUAAGGGCAGUAAAGGUCUGUUUCCAGCAGAUACCAGAGCUACACACCUGUGCUGUACCAUUAGCUUCACUAUUUCAUAUGUGUGUCUGAAAAGAUGGUUGUUUUUGUGAUGUCCAGUUGCUGUUCACCAGCAGGGUGUUAGAUGCUGUUGUCCCUUCAGUUAAUUCAAGGGAUGUGCUUUAUUUUAUUUUAUACAUUGUCCUCCCAGUUAAGGAUUUAUGCUAGCUGCGUGUGCAGGUGGAUCUGACUGGAGAAGGCAGAGUGACACCUGACAGCAGGACAUGCCUGUUGAACUGAAUUCUAGUAGAUGCACCCCUUCUCCAAAUAUAUACACCCAUUCCUCUGGUAUAUGCGCUGUAUUUCAUUUGGAAAUUAAACUGACCAGUAAAUAGUGUACCAGUAAAUAGCACUUAUGUGCCACUACCAC